UCCCGGCCUGCCCAGGCACCGAGCUUCGGCUUUGGGGGAGGAGGGUGCUGCAGUUGCCCCCUGGACUGGCCUAAGUUGUCGUUCCUGUUGGUGACAGCAGUGACGACGACGAUGGCAGGUGGCAGUCGAAGGAUGUCACGGGCUCCAGUGCCGAGGUGGACCCUGCUUUGAGCCUUGGCCCUGCCACUUACUCAGGCCUCGGGACCUCCUGAAGCCCCCCGAGUUGAGGGGGAUGGAAACAGUCCCCGGGCUCCUGAGGGGGCCGGCGAGCUCUGGCGUGGCGAGGGGCAGGGGCUGGGUCUGCCGUGGUGCCCUCGUCCCCAUCACCGCCCACAGCCUGGCACUUAGUGGCAGCUCCGCCAGGUCGGGUCGAGUUGGCACUGGCAGACCGGCCUGGUCAGCUUUGGUUCCCAAGUGGAGAAAUUUUUGUGAAGCGGCGUUACGUUCACUAGGCCCAGGUGGUAGACAGACAUGGCAGCCUCGGCCUAGUUCAGCCCAGAGGGAACAGGGGUUUGUUUCCUUCCUCAGUGGCGAGGAUAGCGUUCCCGCGCCACGCAGCUCACCCGCUGCAAGCAGACAGUCCUGUUCUCUUAGCGUGUCACAGAGCCGGGCGUCUGUCACCAGUCUGAUUAUUUAUAAAACAUGUUCACUGCCCCCCCAAAGGAACCCUGCACCCCUUAGCCUUAACUCUCCUGACUCCGUAAGCCCCCAGCCCUGGGCAGCCACAAAACCACUCUCUGUCUGUGAAUUUUCCUCUUCGGGACGUUUCUUGUGAAGAGCUUCCUGGGGUCUUAUUUGACUGGCUUCUUUCACGCGGCGGGGUGUGUUCCCGUUUCACCCGUGUCACUGCAUCCCCUUUGGUGGGUGGAUAAUGUUCCGUGGUUUGGAUACACCGUAUACAUUUUGUUGAUCCUUUUAUCUGUGAACAGACACUUGGGUUGUUUCCGCUUUGUACUGCUGUGGACAUUGGAGUCGAGGUGUUGUGUGGACGUGGGUUUUCUCUUCCACCCAGGAGUGGAGUUGCCGGGUCGCGUGGUAAUUCAAUGUUUAACUUUCUGAGGAACCUCCAGUUUUCCACGGUGGCAGCCCCGUGCCCAGUCACGCCAGCGGCGCCCGAGGGGUCCCGCUCCUCUUUGUCCACGUCCUCGCCAGCCCUGGUCCUCGUCCGUCCUUUUCCUCGGCACCGUCCUAGCGGGCUGAAGCAGGACCCGACUGCGCUUUGGAUUUGCAUCUCCCCGAUUGCUGAGCAUCUUUUCCCGUAAUUUGUUUCUCGAGUAGCCAGUCAUUCAGCAACGGGGCUCGAGGGUCGCUCGAGCGUCCUGCAGAAUCAGAUGUGCCUGCGCUCCCGGGCUCUCCAUCCUGUCGCCCUGCAGAGACCCUUGACCCACAGGGAGCUGGUCCUGUGGGGCCCGCUCUGCCCUCUGUGUCCUCCAGGGCACUUGGUGCUGGCUCAUUUCACAGUCAGGCAGAUGCACCUAAGUAUUCCUUUGCCUUCCUGUCCGCAAAGGACCGUGUGGGCGCCUUGUCCUGUCACGGGUUCAGCUUGCUCUGUGGUGUGUCCCGACGGCCAGCGCGUAACAGGCAUCGGCGGCGGCUCUGUGCGGCAGUUCCGGCCCUGGCCGUUUCUGCCACGUGGACCCCGUGCGGGCCUGAGACGGCCGUGCCGCUGCUCCCCGGGGCCCGGCAGAGCUGGCCCCUGCCCACCACCCCGCUCUCUGUCUCCCCGUCUCCCUGCAGCCGUCGCCAUGGCCCAGACCCUGCAGAUGGAGAUCCCCAACUUUGGCAACAGCAUCCUGGAGUGCCUCAACGAGCAGCGGCUGCAGGGCCUGUACUGUGACGUGUCCGUGGUGGUCAAGGGCCACGCCUUCAAGGCCCACCGGGCCGUGCUGGCCGCCAGCAGCUCCUACUUCCGCGACCUGUUCAACAGCACCCGGAGCGCCGUGGUGGAGCUGCCGGCGGCCGUGCAGCCCCAGUCCUUCCAGCAGAUUCUCAGUUUCUGCUACACGGGCCGGCUCAGCAUGAACAUGGGCGACCAGUUCCUGCUCAUGUACACGGCCGGCUUCCUGCAGAUCCAGGAGAUCAUGGAGAAGGGCACCGAGUUCUUCCUCAAGGUGAGCUCCCCCAGCUGCGACUCGCAGGGCCUGCACGCCGAGGAGGCCCCGUCGUCCGAACCGCAGAGCCCCGUGGCACAGACGUCCAGCUGGCCGGCCUGUGGCACCCCGCUGCCCCUCGUGUCGCGGGUCAAGACGGAGCAGCAGGAGUCGGACUCGGUGCAGUGCACGCCGGUAGCCAAGCGCCUGUGGGACAGCGGGCAGAAGGAGGCGGGGGGCGGCAGCAACGGCAGCCGCAAGAUGGCCAAGUUCUCCACCCCGGACCUGGCUGCCAGCCGGCCGCCCCAGCAGGCCCCGGCAGUGGCGGCCGCCGUGGCCGGGACGGCGGGGCCCGGGCAGCCGGCCGGAGGGGCUCCGGGGCUGGCGGUGGCAGGGGGCGCGGCGAGCGGGCCCAGCACGUCGGAGCGGACCAGCCCGGGCACCUCCAGCGCCUACACCAGCGACAGCCCCGGCUCCUACCACAACGAGGAGGACGAGGAGGAGGAGGCGGGCGAGGAGGGCGCCGACGAGCAGUAUCGGCAGAUCUGCAACAUGUACACCAUGUACAGCAUGAUGAACGUCGGCCCCACGGCCGAGAAGGUGGAGGCCCUUCCGGAACAGGCGGCUCCCGAGUCCCGCAGUCGCCUCCGCGUCCGGCAGGACCUGGCGUCUCUGCCCGCCGAGCUCAUCAACCAGAUCGGCAACUGCUGCCACCCCAAGCUCUACGACGAGGGCGACCCCUCCGAGAAGCUGGAGCUGGUGACAGGCACCAACGUGUACAUCACGCGGGCGCAGCUCAUGAACUGCCACGUCAGCGCCGGCACCCGGCACAAGGUCCUGCUACGGCGGCUGCUGGCCUCCUUCUUUGACCGGAACACGCUGGCCAACAGCUGCGGCACCGGCAUCCGCUCCUCCAGCAACAACCCCAGCCGCAAACCACUGGACAGCCGCGUCCUCCACGCCGUCAAGUACUACUGCCAGAACUUCGCCCCCAACUUCAAGGAGAGCGAGAUGAACGCCAUCGCGGCCGACAUGUGCACCAACGCCCGCCGCGUUGUGCGCAAGAGCUGGAUGCCCAAGGUGAAGCUGCUGAGGGCCGAGGACGAGGCCUACGCGACCUUCAUCGGCGACUCGGGCAAGCUGGAGCCCGACAUGAUGGGCGUGGAGGCCGGCUUCGAGGCGCCCGGCCACGACGGCGACACGGGCCCCCCGGCCGAGGCCCUGCCCUGAGGCGCCCGCCCGCCCCCCACGACCAUGCCCCCCACCUGCCCACCGCCCCGUCGUCUCGGUCACGAGCUACUGUCUGUCCCCCCAGGACCCGCGGGGGGUGCUGCAUGCUCCCGGCCCCGCCCCCGCCCCCCACCCAGUGUCUCCCCUCCGAGUGGGCGCGUGGGGCCACCAGGAGAGGCUGGCGGGUGGGGGGCACUGCCUCGCCUUCUGAACACACAUGGUGGGGGGCCUGUGGUCCCCCCACCCCCUCCCCACAGCUAGGAAGCGUCCCCCCUCCCUGGGCCCCACUAUGGAAGCCUCGCUCGCCCUUCCAGCCCCCCCAGGGGCCUUCCGGGGUCCUCAGGGCCCCGCCACCACCUCGCAGUGCUUCCACGUCUCCAAAAGCGCCUUCCCGUCCCCUUCGUCCGCCCCGGUGCCGAGGGGCUGGGGUCGGCGAGACCCUGGGGACGGGCCCCCCUUCAGCUGAGGAAAUAGAGCUUCCAGCCCCGCUCUGGCCUCGUGGUGGCCGGCGGUGCCCCCGGGGCCCUGCGGGAGGGGGUCUCUCGGGGGCUGGAGGAGGCGAGGACUCGAGGUGCGUGUGAGUGUGGGUGAGUGCGUGUAGAGGUUUCGCUUCUCAGACAGAUGAAGAUGUAAGAGGCAGGACCAGGGUUGGAGCAGAGUGGGGGGGACAGGCAGGGAGCUGCCCUCGCCUCCCGCCCGCCCCCCGCCCCACAGCAGGGUGCCCGGCCCCUACCCCCCUGUACAUAAUUUUUAAAACAUUUUUUUAGCUAAUGAAAUAUUGAAGUAUAAGAUUCCUUUUAUUUUUCAAACCAAUGGGACUGUGUCUGGUGUCCCCACCCGGGUCCCUGGGGGCCACGGAAGGCGGGCCGGGGCCGGGGCGGGGGGCCUGGGGGAGCAGGCUGAGUGUGUGCAUGCAUGUGCGGAGUGGGGGUGCCUGGUUCUGUGGCGGAGGGGACCCCGUUCCCGCAUUCCUGGGGGCCUCACCUGGCCCCCUAAGAUUUCCAGGCCUUGCCUAGUCGGCUGGGCCCGUUGUCACCGCGGGCAGAGACGCCUCUCGCCAUCCCUUUCUCUCCCCCCACAGAGCGGGGGGUUUUGGUUGUUUCUGAGUUGUCCCCGUGAAUGGGGAGGGUUCUUUUCCCACCCCCGUCCCCCCACCUCCGGUGACGUCAUGUCACAGCUUCGCUCUAUCUCCAGCCCCUGUGCUCACCUCCUCCCUCCCCCUUCCUCCCCAGCUCUCCCCCCCCCGAUCCAGGGGGACAUGGGGGGUGGGGGUGCAGCCCCGAUGGGACCCUUUGAAUCCAACCUGGAGGCAGCCCCUGCCUGGCAGCCCCUGCCAGCCCGUGGGGUGUCACGUCUAACAUCUGCUUGCUGCAGCGGUGGGGCUUGGGCUCGGGCCCCCGAGUGUGUGGGAGGGGGCGCCGACACCCCCAGCUAAAGCACAAGCACCUUAGUCGCACCUCCCCUGCCCUUGGGCCCUGGCCCUGACACCCCCGCCCCGGUGUGGACCCCAAAGCACAAAAUCCUGGUCCCCAGGCAGCAGGCAGGUCGCCCAGCCUCUGAGGGCGUAGGGAGGAGCCCCCCGGGGCGUGGGGGGCCCUAAGGCAGAUCCCAGGGGGCUUUUCCCCGCCCCUGGACACCCUCCCUGAGCCCCUGCAGCGCUGGGCUGGGUGGCGGUGCCCACUUGUUUCAGGGACCCCAGGGGGUGCCCCUGGCUCCCAGGGCUGGGGUGGGGGGUGGGGGGCAGGGCCGGGCAGGGGUGCAGGGGAGGAAACUCCUCGCCAGGAGAGCCAAAGACAGGGUCGUGCCUUACCCCAGGAGCCACCCCUGCGCCCCCGUUUCCCGCCCCCCGGCCCGGGCGGCCUGCUGCUCUUCCUUGCCCGCCUCCAGCCCGGGCAGCCGCGGAGGAAAGCGAGUGGAGCGGCUGGCCCGGCGACCACCCGCGGGGUCCCCCUUCCCCGGCCGCGGGACGUGCCAGCCGCCCCUCUCCCCGCCCGGGCCCGAGUGAUUGCACAUUGACUACUGUAAGGACAGGAGGGACGCUGGGAAAUGUGAACCGCGAGGAUAUCGGUGACACUGAUGAGAAUAAACUAAACGCCUUCGUAA